AAUGCCCGCAGGAGCCACCGGCCGUUUUCAAAGAUGUUGCACUGGAAUGAGGAAGUGGAGUGGCGAGGGGAGGGACUGAGAGCGGAGCUGCCUCCUGUCGCUCUGCUUGGCCGAGGAGCCGCUGCACAUGGAAGUGGAGAGAUCUGGGCGAGUUCUUUGCAUCCAGCUCCGGCCAGAGCAGAUAAUUUGAGGAAAAUGGAAACAGAUGAGGCUCAAGAUAUGUCCCAAGUUUCUGGGAAAGAAAGUCCUCCAGUAAGUGAUGCUCCAGAUGACACUGAUGAACCCAUGCCUGUACCAGAAGAUCUUUCAACUAGCACAGGAGGAUUGCCAAAUUCUAGAAAUGAAAGAGUUUUGGCCAGUAAUAUUAAAGUAGAGACACAGAGUGAUGAAGAGAAUGGGCAUGCCUGUGAAAUGAAUGGGGAAGAAUGUGCGGAGGAUUUACGAAUGCUUGAUGCCUCUGGAGACAAAAUGAAUGGCUCACACAGUGGCAGCAAAGCCAUGUCAGGAGUUGGAGGCAUUCGACUCCCUAACGGAAAGCUAAAGUGUGAUGUCUGUGGGAUAAUUUGCAUCGGUCCCAAUGUUCUUAUGGUUCACAAGAGAAGCCACACUGGCGAACGCCCCUUCCAGUGUAAUCAGUGUGGGGCAUCCUUUACUCAAAAGGGCAACCUUCUCCGCCACAUAAAGUUACACUCCGGCGAAAAGCCCUUCAAGUGCCACUUGUGUAACUAUGCUUGCCGUCGUAGAGAUGCUCUUACGGGCCAUCUGAGGACCCAUUCCGUUGGCAAACCUCAUAAAUGUGGAUAUUGUGGUCGGAGUUAUAAGCAGCGAAGCUCUUUGGAAGAACAUAAGGAGCGCUGCCACAACUAUUUACAAACCAUGAAUCUUUCAGGUGGCCUCUAUCCGGUCAUGAAAGAGGAAACCAGCCAAAGUGAAAUGGCUGAAGACCUGUGUAAGAUGGGAUCAGAGCGCUCCCUUAUGCUGGACAGACUAGCAAGUAACGUCGCCAAACGUAAGAGUUCUCUGCCUCAGAAAUUUGUUGGUGAGAAGUGUAUUUCUGAUAUGCCCUAUGAUGCAACCACCAAUUAUGAAAAGGAGAAUGAUAUGAUGCAAACCCAUGUCAUUGAUCAAGCUAUUAAUAAUGCCAUCAGUUAUCUAGGGGCAGAAUCUUUGCGCCCUUUGGUGCAGACACCCCCUGGUGGCUCAGAAGGAGUGUCUGUCAUCAGUCCAAUGUAUCAGCUUCACAAACCCCUUGGAGACAACCAUGCUCGAGCCAAUCAUGCAGUUCAGGACAGUGCAGUGGAAAACUUACUGCUACUUUCUAAAACCAAAUCCAUCUCUUCAGAAAGGGACCCUUCACCCAGCAACAGCGGCCAAGAUUCUACCGAUACCGAGAGCAAUAAUGAAGAACGUAGUGGUUUAAUAUACCUAACCAACCACAUAGUGCCUCAUGCACGGAAUGGCCUCUCCAUAAAAGAAGAACACAGGCAAUAUGAUGUCCUAAGAGGAAGCAAUGACAGCUCCCAAGAUGCUUUCAAAGUAAUCAAUGGCAAUGGGGAGCAAGUAAAAGUCUACAGAUGUGAACACUGUAGAAUUCUUUUUCUAGACCAUGUAAUGUAUACCAUCCACAUGGGUUGUCAUGGGUUCCGCAAUCCUUUUGAGUGUAAUAUGUGUGGCUAUCACAGCCAGGAUAGAUAUGAGUUUUCUUCCCACAUAACUCGCGGGGAACACCGCUUCCACAUGAAUUAAAACUUUUUCAGUAGUUAGUAUUUGGAUAUACAUGAACAGCAGCCAUAAAGAAUUUUUUUAAAAAACUACAAUGACCAGGAUAGUAGUCAAUAAAAAUACAUAUCAGAAAGCUGGGCUGCCAGAAAUGAGUUCUUCUUAUAGCAUGCAUACAUGAAACAAUUUUAUAUUGAUAAUAGUGGUAUUUUGCAAAUGUAAGUAAACAAAAAUGUUAGUGUAGUAAACAGAAACUUUUAGUUAAGUGAAAGAACCUUUUUCUUGUUAGCAAGUUCACUCCCACUCCCCCACCCCUCCCAUUUAAGGCUGUUAAUUGUGCACACUCAUCUCUGAAUUUGACUGAAAUGUAGAAAGAUAAAAUUAGCACAUUUUAAUGCAGAUGUUUUGAAAAUACACUUUUUACACAUAAAAUUUUUGUAAUAAUUUGGUGGUUCCUUAAAUCAACAAUCUAGACUUAGAACAAGUUAAAGCUACUCAUUUUUCUGCCUACUCUUUGUGUCAACAGAAACAAUUUUUUUUUCUAACCAAUAAGAUGUGAAUGCUCUGAUCCCACGAUUUAGUUAAUGGAAGCAGAGUAUGGCCAGAAGAAUUUAAAGUUGUGUUGCUCUGAAAAUAGAUCACCAAUGCUAUUAUGUUAAUUGUAGAUAUCAUUUUCAUGAGUUAUUUAAAGAAAAAUCUACUUGCACCAAUUAAUUUGUGAAAGCAUAAAGUGCUUUGCCCAAAUCCAGAUCUUUUAAGUAAAAAUAUCUUCAAGGACCAAUGAUUCAGUUUUAAUACAACUACAAACUAAUCUUAAACUGAUUCAGUGUAAAUCAAUUGCAAAGUCUGACUGGUGAAAUAUAAAAGAAAGCCUAUUGUAUAAUUUGGAACAAUUACAUAUAUGCUGUAUUUUUAUCUGUUCUUGCCUUAUGGCAGUGCAGUAUUCUGUUUCUCAUGCAAUUUAGUUUAUAAAACAACUUGGAAGCUGGGAAGGGAUAUAACGAUGCUGGUUAACAAUGUUUUUUCUUCUUCUUUAAAACAUAUAAUCAUCACUUGUGCAACUUUUAGGCAUAGAAGAAGGGAGGACAUUUUAUUAGGGCUGUUGUGUGAAAUUUAUGUUCACUUUGUUGAAUAUUGAUGCUGGUAGCUUUUAGUCUUAUUAGUUGAUAAGAUUGAUAAAUAAUAUAUAACAAACUAUACAUAUUCAGUGUAGCCUGAUUUCAUUUGAUUCAGUUGCAUUAGGCUGUAAAACAUGCCCAAUUAGGAUAACACCUUUUUUAUAGAUCAAUUUGACGCAUUAUAGAUAAAUGGCCCAUCUUAUUGCUGAUUGUAAAACUGAUGAUAAUCUACACCAAUAUACUUUUUUGUUGUUUUAUGGUUUUAAUGCUGCAUCUAUUAGAAAAUAGGGAAAGCUAAAAUGUUGAGAUCAUUUGAAGUAGAUAUUCUUAUGAAAAACUCAAUACAGAGGUACCUUGAAACUCAUCCUUAAUUGUUUCCAGGAGGUGCAACAAGCUUUUAAAAAAAAUGAGGAUCAAACGAAUUAUGUGACUUAUCAUGACCUUUUGUUUUGGCCAGGAAGAACUUAUCUGUUCCUUUUUCCCAUGUCAGUGAACUUCCCAGCAUGGCUGACUUCCAGGCUGCCCUCUGCAGCUGUCUCCCACUUCCUUUUGCAGCAAUUUUCCUGACUUUAUGCUUUCUGCCGCUAUCCCCCAUUUUGCAUUCUGAUGAUCACCAAACAAAUGAUGAGUACCGGAACAACAUUUUCCUCAUCAAAUUCAAUGAGUUUUGAAGCAGUCGGGUACCGAGUACCACUGCACUACCAAGUUAAAUCAUACCUGCAAACCCCAUACUUUGUUCAGUUUGCACUUAAAGCACAUUUUUCUUUUUAUAAUACUUUUGUCUCUGUUCUUCAACUUGAAGAAUUUUGUAUGCAUCCAUUUGAUAACAGUGAAAGAUUGUUCAUAUGUUAUAUAACAUGUUUGUCAACAUGUUAUAAAUAUCAACUGUUUGUCAUGAGGUAUAUGUUGAAUAGUCACAACCACUUCAGGUACACUUCAAGGCACUUCAAUGAACAUUUUACCAAAUAUUUGUUGUACUAAACACAUUUUUAGUAAACAUUUUAAAGUAAUGAAGCAUACACCUAAAACUAUUGCCCCUUCUAAUUGGCCUCUUCUAUAUCUAGCUUUUAAAUUUGUAAUAUCUAAAAGUGGGUUUUCACUGGUGAGCCUUCAUUUUGAUUUAUCAUUUUUCAUAAGCACAAGCUGCCCACUACAUUGCACACACUGAUUUUUCCCAAAUGUAUAGACUGAUAUAUGUUCACAUUCAGUGGAAUUUGAAGCUUGGCUCCAUUCACUGAACAAAAUGGUCAACUUGUAGGUGAACAUCAGUACGAUGAUCAGGUAACCCUAAACAAUCUUCUGUGGUCCACAAGACAUAAGUGCAUUUAAAAUUAAUAUACUCUGUCUUUGAAUAGACGUCAAUUAUUGUAUGAUCAGAGUUUAUGGUGUUUCUUGUUCUAGUUUUUUCUCUUUAAUAUUGAAAGCAAAUAUACUUUAUGGAGGGAUAAUAUUAGUGAUCUACACUGUAUUGACAAGGCCCAUCGUUGGAAUUGUCAUAUUUGCUACACUGCUGUUCAAAAUAAGUCUUGUUUUCUUUGAAAAUAAAUGACCCGGCUUUUAUUUUUAUGUACAGUUUGAUAAAUUGAUACUAAUUUAAGUUUCUUUUGAUAGAAUGCCUCACUUCUGUAAAUAGCAACUGAGAGCUUACACUGCAGCUUUAUUUUGGCACUUGCUUUUAAACUUGUAUUACACACAUUUUUGCUGUGGUUUUAUACUGUACUCCUAAUAACUUUUUUUGACCAAUGUAUUUAAAACACAAUGAAGUGAAUUUCAUAAAAAAUUGUAACUUUUUGUCUGAAAGCAAAGAUUAAUCAUUUUGCAAUACAGAAUAUUUGGAACAUUUCUUCUAAGAAAUAGAAAGUAUAGCAAGAUGAACAGUUUUCAGAUUCUGGCUGUAUGUUUACAUGUAACUGUGUUGAGAGAGGGAAGAAAGGGGAAAUUACAAAUGAAAGGUAGCAAUUUCUAAAGCAAAUACUACCCAAGGGUCUUUUAGUGCCAGAGAAGAAUUGCAGUUUCUAUAAGUAGUUGAAAAAUUAAACUGUUAUAUUUGGCAUAUUUGUAAAAAUAUAAUGGGCACUGCCACAAAAUGCCCAUUGAACAAAGAGUUUCACAGAAUAAAUGUCAACAAAAAGUAGUAAAAGGAUUAAUACAGCUAUUUGUAAUUAAAAUAAUGUUAUUUAAAUUGCAGUGUGGAACUACAGUUUAUCUUUUGAACUGUUUUGACCAGAAAUCAAAGUUACUCCUGUUCAGCACAGAUCUCACAGCAUUCAUUCUUACCCUUUUACUGCUUUUUUUGUUGCAAUAAGAUUCAUUAUCAUCUCCUUUUUAUUUUAUUAAGAGCAGUUUCCUUUUAAUUUAAGAAGAAAGAGGCAACAAUCAUACACACAGGCGCACACACACACACAUCUACGUGUGUGUGUAUAUGUAUACACUCACGCCUUGAAAAAAACUUUAAUUGACAUUUAGACUAAUUUAAAGAAAAAAUAAGGAGCCAUCCAUUAGUUUCCUGUUUUGUUUUCAUGAAGCAAUGUAAGGGAUUACAUUCGUGUAGAAAGCUAGUAAUUAAAAAUAUAGUGGAUGUCAGAAGCCACUAUUGGUAAAGCAAUAGAAGACAAGAAGCCUAAAAAUCAAGUAAUACAUUUAAAAGAAAAAAGUGGACAUACUAAAUAAUGUGAUUGCAAUAGUAUCUAGACAAUAUACUUUGUAAAUCUGAGUGAAAAAGAUUUCUAAACAACUUACGGUAUUUACAUAAAACAUGAGGAACUUGGUAUUUCAAAUGCUACUUAAUUAAUAUUGACAGCAGGCCUUAGCCAAUGAUGAAAGACACUGAGACCUAAAAAUUUCAUAUCCAUCUCCAGACUUCUUGCUUACAGGCAAUUUUGAAUAUUCACACCUGACAUUGGAGUUUUGGUUCAGGUUACGGAUUUAACUGAUUUCUCAUGCAACUUUUACAUAUAAUAUCUGAUGAUAAGGAUGCCUGUACUGAUAGUCAUGACUUAAAUCAUGACUAAAUAUAUCAUGGAACUGUACUAACAUGUCCUCAGUCAACACAUAUAGAUGGUUCUAUGACUUUUUUUCAGAUCUAAGCAAGAAAAGGGUAAAGUAGAUGAUCUAACCUUUAGGCUUAUUGUCAUUCUUUGAUCACUAUCAGUUUAGGUGUAGAUUUUCUGCUUUAUCAGGAUAGGAAGAAAUUAAAGUAGACUCCAUGGAGCAAACGGAAUCUAACAAUUUAUAGUAUACCUGGACAAAUUAUUGCUUUUCUUGCUCUUUAUGCCAACAUAUCUGUCCUUACCCUGGGAGAAGUUUCUUACCCAUUCAUACCCAAAUGGCACCUAGAUGAAUCAACUUGUGGAAAAUUAGGUAGGUUUUAUACGUAAAGACUAUUUUAUAGCUAAAGACAACUGCUAUAACCUUUUCAGAUCAGGAAAGGCCUGGCAUUUCUCCCAUUUUUUCACUGGAUUAUUAGAAUGGUUUAUAGUUCUAUUUCCUUUAAAAACAUCUCAAAACUUCAUUUAACCUUCAAAUACUAAUGGAUACUGGUCAAAAAAAUCAUGAAAAAUCAAUUCUUUGCUGGUUGAUUGUCAGUCGCUGUUAAGUCCAACAUUAGAAUCCUGGUGCUUAUUUUCGAAAUCCUGACUUUGAGAUCAAAGUGCUUCACAGCAUAUUUUAUUCCAUACAUAUCUGCCCAGGAACUUUGGUCAUCUUUAAAGACCUUUUAUAGGUGCUACUAUCAAAUCUUCUGAUCUUGAUGAACAUAAAUCACCAGGAGAUUACUGAUUGCAUCCCAGAAUCCUGAAAGAGCUGGCAGAGGUUAUCUCAGAACCAUUGUAUCAUAUUUUUCAAAAAUUGUGGACCACCAGGGAACUACCAGAGGAUUGCAAAAGA